GGCGCCUCUAGACUUCUGCGGUCGCGGAACGAUGACGUCAUGGUUACAGAUUCGCAGCGCCGUUGAUGUUAUGUCAUAGGGGAUGGCGGGUGAUUUUAGACGGGGGUCAAAUCCAUGACAAUGUCCACCUGUCUGACCGAGGAGCAGAAGAGGAGGAUCGAGGCGAACCGGCAGAAGGCUUUGGCGCGGAGAGCAGAGAGACUCGCCACCCAGAAAAACGGAAUUAAUCAGAACGCAUCCGCCAUCUAUAAUACCAAGCCUCAGCCAACCGGGGGCAACCACCUGCAAAAUGUGCAGCCGACCGCCAAAGAAGCCGGGAAGGUCGAUAGCUUUAAAUACGGUACAACUGGAAACGCCUCUAAUAAUGUCAAGAAUCCGCCAACUAUGCAAACCACUGCUGCCGCCCAGGAGUACACGGCGGGUUAUAAACCGCAGACCACCGCUCCAGCAAGGGUGGAUUAUACCGCAGCCGGCCCCGCCCAGGAGUACACGGCGGGUUAUAAACCGCAGACCACCGCUCCAGCAAGGGUGGAUUAUACCGCAGCCGGCCCCGCCCAGGAGUAUACGGCGCGUAAUAAACUACAGACCACCGCUCCAGUAAGGGUGGAUUAUACCACAGCCGGCCCCGCCCAGGAGUACACGGCGGGUUAUAAACCGCAGACCACCGCUCCAGCAAGGGUGGAUUAUACCGCAGCCGGCCCCGCCCAGGAGUAUACGGCGCGUAAUAAACUGCAGACCACCGCUCCAGUAAGGGUGGAUUAUACCGCAGCCGGCCCCGCCCAGGAGUAUACGGCGCGUAAUAAACUACAGACCACCGCUCCAGUAAGGGUGGAUUAUACCGCAGCCGGCCCCGCCCAGGAGUACACGGCGGGUUAUAAACCGCAGACCACUGCUCCAGUAAGGGUGGAUUAUACCGCAGCCGGCCCCGCCCAGGAGUACACGGCGGGUUAUAAACCGCAGACGACCGUUCCAGCAAGGGUGGAUUAUACCGCAGCCGGCCCCGCCCAGGAGUACACGGCGGGUAAUAAACCGCAGACCACCGUUUCAGUAAGGGGGGAUUAUACCGCAGCCGGCCCUGCCCAGGAGUACACGGCGGGUAAUAAACCACAGACCACCGCUCCAGUAAGGGUUGAUUAUACCGCAGCCGGCCCCGCCCAGGAGUACACGGCGGGUUAUAAACCGCAGACGACCGCUCCAGCAAGGGUGGAUUAUACCGCAGCCGGCCCCGCCCAGGAGUACAUGGCGGGUAAUAAACCGCAGACCACCGCUCCAGCAAGGGUGGGCUCUAGUAUAACUGCUGGCUGGACAUUUCAGCCUGAGGUGACCAAAAACGUUCCCCAAGGCUCCUCCAAACCUCAUGGUGCUUCCCCUCAGAUGUACGAUAUCCAUUCAGGAUCCGGGAAAGCUGGGGCGGAGCCAGUGAAGAGCCCAAGUACCGCUUCUAAGUUUUAUGGAUUGGGGACAACAACCUCCGGUGGGAAGGCCGCGGGGCCAGUGCCACGGACAAACGGGAGGGAGAUGAUGGGCAGCGCUAGUAGCUCAGAGGCCGCUCCUGUCAAAAAAGCUGCAGCCGCCAUUAAAGGGAGAUGCGUCAAACAUGGCGAUGAGAGGUUCCGGGUCGAGGUCGGAUAUAACGCAGAACUCAUCUGCCUCUUCAAAGGGAUCCCCAGCAAAAAUUACGAUCCUGCAACUAAAAUGUGGAAUUUCGGGAUAGAAGAUUACCCGAGUCUGAUGAGCGAGGUCCAGAGGCUGCAGAACGUUGCCCUAAAACCCCUGGAAGGAAUGGAGGACAUCGAUAUCCCGGCACUAAUCUCCACAGCCAGUGGGGGCACCACCGUCGGUGCUCUUUUGGCCAUGUGCAACAACUGGCAGAGACCGAGCGCCACCUUAAAGGGCAAGUGCCUGCUGGUGUCUCGCUCCCGCUUUGAGGUGGACAUCGGGUAUCACGUGGAAGUCAUCGGCCUGUUCAAGCAGAUGAGCUCCCGCAACUACGACACGAAAACCAGAAAAUGGAGCUUUCUACUGGAGGACUACCAACAACUGAUGGAGGCCUCACUAAGGAUACAGCAGGUGGAGGUGGAGCCGCUCCCCAGACCCGUGGUACAAGCAUUUGCCUCUCAGUUUGAGAAGACAUCUGUAAGUCGCCCCGAGGUCCCAGACGUAGACCUGUCUGCAGUGGAUUCCAAGCUGGUCAGCAGCCUGAUGCUCUUCCAGAGGGAGGGGGUGAGCUUUGCCAUCUCUCGGGAGGGCCGUCUGCUCCUUGCUGAUGACAUGGGCCUGGGGAAGACCAUCCAGGCCAUCUGCAUCGCAGCUUAUUACAGAAAAGAGUGGCCGCUGCUCGUUGUGGCGCCUUCGUCUGUCCGGUUUACCUGGGCUGAGGCUUUCCACAGAUGGCUGCCGUCCGUCAGGUCAGAUAGCAUCAAUGUCAUAGUCACAGGUCGUGACAGCCAUUCCGCCGGCCUCAUCAACAUUGUCAGCUUCGACCUCCUCGGGAAGAUGGACAAGAGCAUCACCUCCAGCUUCAAAGUCAUUAUUAUAGAUGAAUCUCAUUUUCUGAAGAACGUGAAGACGGCCAGAUGUAAGUCCGCCAUGCCCUUGUUAAAGAAUGCGAAGAGAGUCGUCCUGCUGUCGGGCACUCCGGCCAUGUCCAGGCCUGCCGAGCUGUACACCCAGAUCGCCGCUGUUAGACCCAACUUUUUCCCCCGUUUCCACGACUUUGGAGUCCGUUACUGUGACGCUAAACAGAUGCCGUGGGGCUGGGAUUACUCCGGGUCCUCUAAUAUGAAUGAGCUAAAGCUCCUGCUGGAAGAGUCCAUAAUGAUUAGACGACUCAAGUCUGAGGUCCUCUCCCAGCUGCCCGCCAAACAGCGCAAAAUGGUGGUCAUCGCCCCCGAGGGCAUCAAUGCGAAGACUAAAGCCGCGUUAGCUGCAGCGGCUAAAGAGAUGGCGCAAGGCUUCAAAAGCAAAGUCCAAGAGAAAGAAGCUCUUCUCCUGUUCUACAACAGAACUGCCGAAGCCAAGAUCCGAUCUGUAAUAGAAUACAUCCUGGAUCUGCUGGAGAGCGGCCGAGAGAAGUUCCUGGUGUUUGCUCAUCACAAGUUGGUCCUGGACAAUGUCUGUGAAGAGCUGGGGAAAAAGAACGUUGGCUUUAUCCGUAUCGAUGGAACCACCCCCUCAGCCGAUCGCCAAGCUCUCUGCCAAAAAUUCCAGUUUUCAGAGAAGAGCUGUGUCGCUGUAUUGUCCAUCACGGCUGCCAACAUGGGGCUGACCCUGUCCUCAGCAGACUUGGUGGUGUUUGCAGAGCUGUUCUGGAACCCGGGGGUUUUGAUUCAAGCAGAAGAUCGGGUCCACAGAAUAGGACAGACCAGCUCCGUGAAUAUUCACUACCUGGUGGCAAAAGGAACAGCGGACGACUACUUGUGGCCGAUGAUUCAGGAAAAGAUCAAGAUCUUGGGCCAGGCGGGUCUGUCAGAGGCUAAUUUUUCAGAAACAACAGAAGCCGCUGACUAUUUCUAUAAGGACCCCAAACAGAAGACCAUAUAUGACCUUUUCCAGAGGUCGUUUUCAGAGGACGGGGCGGCGGAUGACGCAGAUGAAGCUCUGCUGCUCGAGGCCUGUGAAGAGUUUGACCAAGGAAUUCAAGAAGGAAAUCUGUGUAAGAAAAGGAAAAUAGAGGACUACUUCUGAACCUGGAAGCUUCACUGUACAGCGACGUGAAAUGUUAUUUUUGUAGUCUUAUUUUGUUAAUAUUUCAUAAUUAAAGAUAAAUAAUUACCUAUUA